CGCUUCAUAUUUGAGGUUUUAGGGUUUUGUAUUUUGCAUUUUUGCGCUUGCUUUCUCUCAACCAAAAAUGACUGCUCAGACCGAUAAAGAGAUCGAAGAGAUCCUCGCCGCUCAACUCGACCAGCAAAAAAUCGAUUCUGAGCAACCUACUGUUGAAGAUGACGACGAGGAAGAUGACGACGAAGACGAAGAUGAGGAUGAUGCCGAAGGACAUCAUGAUGGAGAAGGAGAUGGAGCUGGUAGGUCAAAGCAAAGCAGAAGCGAGAAGAAGAGUCGCAAAGCUAUGUUGAAGCUUGGGAUGAAACCAAUUCCUGGUGUUAGCCGUGUCACUGUCAAGAAGAGCAAGAAUAUCUUAUUUGUCAUCUCGAAACCAGAUGUGUUCAAGAGCCCAGCAUCAGAUACGUACGUAAUAUUUGGAGAAGCUAAGAUUGAGGACUUAAGCUCGCAGCUACAGACUCAGGCUGCCGAGCAAUUCAAGGCUCCGGACCUAAGCAAUGUGAUAUCAAAACCCGAGACAUCGACCAAUGUCCAGGAUGAUGAAGAAGUGGAUGAGACAGGUGUUGAGCCCAAGGACAUUGAAUUGGUUAUGACACAAGCAGGAGUGUCCAGGUCAAAGGCUGUCAAGGCACUAAAGGCUGCUGAUGGCGACAUUGUUUCUGCUAUAAUGGAGCUUACAACCUAAUCAUAGCGUUUCCUUGGCAGUUUCUAUUUGGAUUAUGAGAGUCGUGUACCUCAGGUCAGAUAUCCCUCAUUUUACCGCAACUGUUUUGCCUUCUCUCAUCUUUUUUUAGGGUAAUGUCAUCUUAGCUAUGUUCUCGUUUGUGUUGUAGUAGUUAAAACCAUUUGGGAGUACAUUAAUGUUACCAUAAUUAUCUCGUUUCUA